AUGGCUGAUCCUCUGCGCAGGACCCUCUCCAAGCUGCGGGGCAGGAGGUCCCAGCGCGGGGCGGCGGCAGGCGCGCACCCCCGCGGGGGGACCGGCGCCCCUCAAGGUAAAGCCCAGCAGCAGCCACCGGCCAGGGGGGCGCCGUGCGCUCAGCCCAGGAGCCGGGAGGUCUCGGCGCCCCCGGGGACUGGGAGCCAGGAGGAGUCCGGACAGCGGCAGCCAGGCUGGCCCCGCCGGGGGAAGGCACCGCGUGGCCCCGCAGCUCUGGGGGAAGGGACACCAGGAGCCCCGGCCCCCCCUGGCUGUACCCCGGGGGACCCAUCCCCGCAGCCCGUGUCCGCCCCCGCGCGGCGGGCUCCUGACGGCGAGGAGGGCGAUUACUACGAUAAUGAGACUCUGCCCUGGGGCUGCCGCCCGGCCGAGGCGCAGGGGCUACCGGCCGCCUGUGCCCGAGGCCGAGGGGAGGGCCGCUUGGCCGGGCCCCGGGAGAGCACGGGUAGGCUGCAGAGCCAACUGCAGGAGGCCUAUUACCUGCUGAUCCAUGCCAUGCACGACCUGUCCCCGGCCAGCCCCGCCUGCGCUGGAGGGUUCCCGCAGCCCGUCGCCUCUUGCGGGGCCGGGGAGAGCAGCGAUGCCUGGUCCUCCUCCUCCGGGGAGGGCAGCCCGCAGCAGCAGGUGUCCGCCACCGCCUGGCCGCCACCGCCCGGCCAGGGCUCAGCAGGGCGUCCCGGCCAGCUGGUCCCUCCCGGGCGCGGGGCUCAGAGCCUGGGGAGCCUCCCUCUGCUGCCCCCCGGCCGCCCCGCGAAGCCACCGCCUCUGCAGCGGUGUCUGAGCGACAGCGUGAUCCGCUACCACCCCGUGGAGCCCGCCCUGGGGCACCUGCUGCAGGGCGAGCCGCCUGGCCCGGCCUGGGACCGGGGGCGGCCGGACGGCGGCCGCGGGGGAAGCGAUGCUCCUGCGGCCGCGGAGUGCUCGGUCAGCUGCGGGGAGAGCCGGGGCACGGGGUCGCGCCAGGCUGAGCGGCUGCUGCUCAGUGCCCAGGGCUCCGCUCCGCAAGAGGCAGCGGCCGGAGGCGGGGUCCCGGCAGCGUGCCCCGGCAGCCGCCCGCAUGCCCCCCAGAGCCCGUUCAGGCCGCCCGCGGUCAGCGUCGGGAAGCUGCAGAAGUGGGUGUGCAAAGGGCGCCUGCUGUCCCUGGGAAUGAAGGGGCGCGUCGGGGCAGGGGCUUCCUCCGCUGACCCCAGAGCCACUGGGACCGGUGCGGCGCUGCCUGCUCAGCCAGACCUCGGAGAAGAGAGGCCCGCAACUCCGCCGGCUUGGAGAGGGCACGGAAGCAAGGCCCUGGCAGCUCCUCCGGACCAAAGAGUUCUGCUGACAGAUUUAAUUGAAAAUAUUUACAUAUCCUCCACAAGCGGGAGAGAACUUAAAAUUCUUAUGGCCAGUGAAGUCCCUGAGCAUAAUCCACAGCUUGACAGCAUCACAGUUUCUAAGAAACGUAACUGGCUACAUCAGAGUACUCCAAAGGCCCCUAAUCUGGAAGAAGAAAAUAUCUGUAAGAAAAUGCAAGGAAAUACUAUCCAUGUACCCAAAUCGUCCAGUCCAUUACCUGGACCUAAACUGCCACCAGUUCCUCCCAAAUCACCUAUAGGACAGGAAUGUCCUGCAAGAACCUCUAGUUUUGUAACUGCUGUUCACCAUUCUACAAACCCUUCAGUUUUGAGAAACUGUACUUUAGACUUCAGUGAGGAUAAUGAUGCAGAUGAUGAAGGAGAAAUAUGGUACAACCCUAUCCCUGAAGAUGAUGAGCCUGACUUCCCCAGAGUCCAUUGUUUUACUGGGAAAAACUCUGUUAAUUUGGACUCCCAUACCACCAGUUUCAAGAUGUUGCCUGGGAGUGACUUGAUUAAAGUAAUGGGGCACAAUAAAGGCCUUCCAUACUUCUCAGAAUCUGCAGGAGACAAUCAAAUGGCUCAGGCCUGUGAAAUUAAUCAAGCAGAUUCCAUACAUUCCACAGAGUAUGUGCAGCUGCACAAGCAGAGUUUUGUGUGCAAGACUCAGAGUGCGACAGCAAUAGAAGAGAGCCCUGCAUUUAAAUAUUGUUCAGCAGGAUCUGGAAUCGUACCUGCAAACAAGGCUGAGGCAGGAGCGACAGAAAUUUCUCCUCCAAGUCCUAAUCCUUUGAAAAAAGGAGGAUCAAUUAAUUGGCCUUUCCCUGAUAAAAUAAAAUCUCCUAGAACUGUGAGAAAACUUUCAAUGAAAAUGAAAAAAUUGCCAGAACUCAGCAGGAAGCUGAGCAUCAAAGGAACCUCAAGCUCUAAUAGUUCAGAUAAUCCUUCUUCCUUGCUGAAAGGUGACUGUCAGGAUACAAGCCAUGCCACAUCUUUACCAUCUUCUGGAAACGCAACAGCAGCUGCUAGCAGGAAUGUUAUAAGUCGCUACCAUCUUGACAGUAGUGUAUCGUCACAACACGGCUACAAAAAGAAAAGCAGUGGGAGUUCCAAAUCCUCCAGUAAAGGUGGUUAUCUCAGUGAUGGAGACUCUCCUGAACUUAUAGCAAAAUCGGGUAAACACGGUUCUGUAAGCAGGUUUGGGAAAGGAAAAGAGACCCUUCCAAGUAACAACAAUAAAACUGAAAUAGACAUUGAUGCUUUUAGACAUUACAGCUUUUCUGAUCAACCCAAAUGUUCCCAAUACAUAUCCGGACUCAUGAGUGUUCACUUCUAUGGUGCUGAAGAUUUGAAACCGCCGCGGAUGGACUCAAAAGAUGUCUUUUGUGCAAUUCAGGUAGAUUCAGUAAACAAAGCAAGAACAGCCUUGCUUACAUGCAGGACGACUUUUUUAGAUAUGGACCACACUUUCAACAUAGAAAUUGAAAAUGCCCAGCACUUAAAACUAGUGGUCUUCAGCUGGGAGCCUACCCCACGGAAAAAUCGUGUUUGCUGUCACGGAACAGUGGUUCUCCCCACUCUUUUUCGAGUGACAAAGACGCAUCAGCUGGCUGUCAAACUGGAGCCCAGAGGGCUUAUUUAUGUCAAACUGACUCUCAUAGAACAGUGGGAGAAUUCUCUUGAUGGUCUAGUUGCAGAUCGAGAGCCAGUGAUAUUUGGAGUAGAUGCUCGAAAAGUUGUUGAGAAGGAAAAUGUGGGCUUGAUGGUACCGCUUCUUAUGCAGAAAUGUAUUGUGGAGAUUGAAAAGAGAGGCUGCCAGGUUGUAGGCCUGUACCGAUUAUGUGGUUCAGCAGCAGUCAAGAAAGAGCUUCGAGAGGCGUUUGAGAGGGAUAGCAAGGCUGUUACUCUCUGUGAAAACCAAUACCCAGAUAUUAAUGUGAUAACAGGUGUCCUCAAGGAUUAUCUAAGAGAGCUGCCCUCUCCCCUGAUAACUAAGCAGUUGUAUGAAACAGUGUUAGAUGCCAUGGUGAAAAAUCCCUUGAAAAUGACAGCAAGCGGUUGUGAAAAUGACCCAAGUGACUCUGAGCAUACGGUGGCCCUUCUUGAUUGUCUGCCAGAUGUUGAAAAGGCAACCCUAAAGAUGCUGCUGGAUCACCUGAAAUUGGUGGCGUCUUAUCAUGAAGUAAAUAAGAUGACGUGCCAGAAUUUAGCUGUGUGUUUUGGGCCUGUCUUACUGAGCCAGAGGCAGGAGACCUCAAACCAUAAUAACAGAGUCUUUACAGAUUCAGAAGAGCUUGCUAGUGCCCUGGACUUCAAAAAACACAUAGAAGUUCUUCAUUAUUUGCUCCAGCUAUGGCCAGUGCAAUGUUCAACUGCCAAAGAAUCAACAUACUCAAACAUGUUUCCAGGGAACCAGUCGUCUUUGAAUUAUCUGAGACCCAAGAAGCAGCGGCCUCAGAUGUUGAAUUUGAGCAGUACUGAAAUGUCAGGGGUACUUAGGCCCAGACCAGCCAGACUAGACAGUCCCUCAAGUAAUCGUUAUGCAGGAGACUGGAGCAGUUGUGGGGAAAACUACUUUUUGAAUCCAAAGGAGACCCUAAAUGAAGCAGACUAUGAUGAUGUUCCUUCAGAAGAUACAGAAAGUGGGGAAGAUUGCAGCAAAGUAGAUGGACCAGAUAGACUGAUUGAACACGCAAAAUCCAUGUCUAAAGAGCAUACAUUUCAGACCUAUUUGACAAUGCAAACAAUAGAUUCAGCAGUGGACCACAGAGUAAACCUCAAAGACCUGCAAGAAAGUAUUGAUACUCUGAUAGGAAACUUGGAGCAGGAACUCAACAAAAACAAACUAAAUAUCACUUACUAA